AUGAGCGCCGCUCGUGAUCCGACAUCGCGGCUGCGCGCUGGCUUGAACCCUUUACUCACGUCACUCGCUGGCUAUGGCAACCCGUCAAACACGCCGCACUCGGCAAUGUCGAUGACCUCGCACAAUGGCUUCAGUACCAUGCCCACACCAGUCAGCGCCAUCCAGCCGUAUAAUCCGCAGGAAUGGAUUGCUUCUCCAGCACCCGGAUCGGAACGUAGCAGCCAGAGGUUUUCCUCUUCUGGAGAGUCUACAGGAUCAUCCCUGCCUCCUCCGCCGUACUCCCCGCCCAGGAGCCAGCAGCCACCCGGCCAGGUGUACGAAAGCUCGCCUGUCGUUGCAAACACAUCGGCACUUCGGUCUGCACCACCACAGCCGAGCCACUUGCGACAAUCUCCAGACCAGCAAUAUCCUACCAACUCUCAGGCAUUCCCACCGCCACCACCGAACGCCGGAAGAGUUGCCUCCAGAGAGAGGAGGUUCGGCAUCCCAUCCCUUCUCCGUAGGGAUAGGGAUUCGCCGGAUGCGACAACGCCCCCAGAUACCUAUUCCCCGGGGCUUGGCAUGUACCCAUCAAAUUCACUCAGCGCUUCACUUUCCAACUCUCGUCCCCAGAUUCCAGCUCCCUUGUCGCUACAAAUACCACAAGCACCAGAGGCCGAGCCUGGACAGGUCCAACAACUCCCGCCCGCAGCGAGGAGGACUCAGUCCACAGGCUCUAUCGGUACACCGACCUCGGCUAGAUCCAGAUCUGCUUCUCAGGUGAGGUGGGGUUCGAACAUGCCAGUGCCACCGCCGCCCCCUGGACCGCCUCCCCCAGGCGGCCGUUCCCAAAGUCUCUCUCGGCCGAGCAACGGAAGUGAUCCAAUCAUGUCACCGCCAACAAGGAGACCUCCUCCCAGUGGAGUGACCGCUCUGGGGCCGGUGCCUCCGACUCCUGCAAACUGGCACGAGAUGGAAGACAAUGACCAUAACCGUAGCCACACCCCGCCAACAAGACCGCCUUUGAUCAGUAGUUCAAGCGCGCCAACCUCGACUCCACCACACCAAGAAUCCCAAGGCUCGUCCCCGGCUCCAGGCUCCGCACACCUUAUAAGGACUGGUGCUGUCAGGGGAGAGAAGACGCUACGUGAGAGAAGGAGUGAGAGCCGAGCCAGAGGCAUACACGACUCGAUAGAUGCCUCGCUUGAGAAUGCAGAAAACACCGAAAUGAGUGACAUAGUAAUACCGAAUCCCAACCGGCUUUCGAGACGCCUCACUAUUACCCGAGGCACUCCUCGCAGCGAGAGGACGACUAUAGAAGCGCCGCUUUCCGCCGACGAAAGCUCCAACACAACGCCCCGAGCAUUGGCCUCUGCGCCCGCCGCACCUAGUCACUAUCUCGAAACACCCCCGUUUUCCCCACGCCCCCAGAAACCAUAUCAGCUCAACGAGAAUCACGGUCCGAUGGCACCGAAAGCCCUGCCCACGCCUCCGCCGCAAACUAGAUCGGCGUCUAGCUCGCAAGUGAGGUCCGCCUCAAACUCGCAGACGAGGUUGACGCUAGAGACCGUAAGGUCUGGCCAGAUGUCACCACGCCAAGUCACCAAGGACUCGGUCGUCAAGCAGACCCCUGAUCAAUUCUGUCGCGGCACCAUCGAGCGCUUCAAGGCCUUUGCGCACAAGGAGGCUGCUGUUGCAGACGAUGCUGAGCGAGUGCGUUUGUUUGCAGACUUCAUCGUCAGCGAGUCCCGUUUGAGACGCGAGAGAUACGCCUCAUCCAUCGGAGCCAUGGGGUCUGAGAUUUUGGACUUGACGAGAGACUUGUUCAGGCCCAUGUCCACGAGGAGAGCAUCGGUGACCUCACAAGCCAGCGCAGCUGAGUUCACGCCGCAGACUUCGGAACCCAGUCGGUCGCACCGGGGGUCUGUUGGAUCCAUGCACCGGGAGGAGCCGCAGCUGCAGACUGAUCGCCAUGGCAAGUCCAGCUCGGCGCCAUCGUCGGCGGGCUUGCCGCCUUCCCCUGGGAUGCCGGGCCCAUCCAACCAAAACUGGCAACAGUCAUCGACCAACUACAUGCCGUCCCUGUCUCCUAUCCUCAGCAUGAGCGUGAGCGAUGCGUUGGACGAGCAAGACUCGCGCGGCCGGCCAGCGAGUAGAUGGUGGGAGACCGACUCGAAUGGUACACCAUCCAUGCGGAUGGAACGGAGUAAACGCGAGUCCAAAUACAUGGGCGUUCCCAAGGAAGGAAGGGAGGCUCUCCAGUGGAGCGACGACCUUGCAAAUACGUACGCUGAUGGCGCCGGCAAGCGAGAGUCUGAUAAUGAUUAUCCUCCGGAAAAGUCAGGAUGGCACGAAGGAUCCUCGUCUAGCGAGGCAGCCCGGACUCCGCAGCCAAAACAGCGCAACGUGGUGGUCUCGUCAUCUUACUCCACGCCCAGCACACCUGAUCCGUCGCACCUCGACGUGUCCCGACUGGUGACGCUGCCUCCACCAUACCCGCGACACCACCCCGCCGUCAACAACAACCAUCCAGAACUGACCGACACCAGGGUGGCGGUGCGGGCGAUUUCGGACUUUGCAGAGAUCGAGACCACAAAGGCCCGGUUCGUCGCCGAGAGCAAAAAGAAGCGCGAAGAGGCAGCGGCCGCGUCCAAGAAGCGCAUCUCGUCGCUGCGGUCGAACCUGCAGCAGGAAAUCGCGUGCGGCAACAUGACCUACGCCGAAGCCGCCGCCAUCGAGGAGGACUCUGCCGUCGCGGAGCGCGGCGCCGCAAAGGACAUGGAAAAGGCGGACUUUGAGCGCUUCCAGCAGGUGGUCGUGGCGCCGCUGAACGACCUCCUGACGGGCAGGAUAGCCAAGGCCACGGCGCUCUUUGACGAGCUGCGGUCGCAGAUCUUCAGCGAGGCGCGCGAGCCCAGCCCCAACAACCCGCAGGAGGAAGGCGACGAGCGCCCCGAGCUGCUGGAGAAGCUGACGCUGCUCAAGUGGAUAUUCGAGGCGCGCGAGGUGCUGCACCGUGCGAUAUACGACAUCCUGACGGACCGCAACGACCGGUACCGCGACGUGGUGCUGACGCCGUACAAGCUCCUGGGCAACGCCGAGAAGCUGGCGUCGGCCAGGGCCUUCUUCGCCGAGGACUCGGCCAAGCGCGCGGCGGCGUUUGCCGCCGAGUCGCUGCAGCGCGCGCGCGAGUUCCGCGACGUGGUCGAGGAGAACGUCUCGCGCGGCGUCGAGGUGCAGCUCUCUGCGUUCUGGGACAUCGCACCGCCGCUCAAGCAGCUCCUGGACGGCGUGCCGCUGGACCUCCGCGGCUUCCGCAUCCAGGUGCCCGUCAAGGAGGUGCUCGAGAACCCAAGCUACGAGCAGCACCCGCUGCAGCACCUAUUCAGCGUGCUGCUGCACGCCGAGAAGAGCACCUACCAGUUCAUCGAGUCGCAGACGAACCUGCUGUGCCUGCUGCACGAGGUCAAGGAGAGCGUCGCCGUCGCGCGCGCCAAGGCCGUCGCUGCCGAGCGGACCGUCGCCGCGCUCUCGCUGUCCGGGGGGUCUGCGGGUGGAGAUGAGGCUGCCGGUGCCGUGCCCGACGGCGAGGAGGACGCCAGCGUGCGCGAGAUGAGGGAGGCGGAGAGCAGGGCGCUGACCGAGGACCUCAAGGAGAAGGUUCGCGUCGUGCAGGACCAGUGGAACAGUGCGCUCGGGGACUGCAUCAACGGCGUCAAGGAGCGGGUGGGAGAGUGGCUGCUCGAGACCGGAGGGUGGGAUGAGAGCCUCGAGGACGGAGGUGUUGGUAGGGGUUGA